AUGGCAAUGCGGAGCGGAGGAGCAACAACCGGGGGGCGGUCGCGUGGGGGUGAUUCCCAGACAGCCCGCGCCAUGGACGAAUUUGACCAGUUAGCAGGUCUUCGCGGACGAGCUGUUUACGUCCUGGAACAUCUGGCCACCUUCACGGUAACUAGAGAGACUGGUAUUGUGUACCCAGCAGAUGGCAUGAGGCGAUUGCUACAGCUGGAGAAGACCAAUGGAAUAUGGAGUCAAAAGAUGCAGUUAUGUUUGGAAGACCAGUGGGUGUUAGUUAUGGACUACGAAACUGGGUCCAUUAUGGAGCGAUUCCCUGCCACCUGGGUGCAUUCUCCCACGGCCUUCACGUCACCAGAACCAGCAGAGCUGUACAAUAACGUGCUGGCGUUUGUGGUGGGCGCCCCCGAAAGUGGUGGGGGGUCACCAGGCGGUUCCAGGCGAGAACUACAUAUUUUCCAGUGUCAUGAUGUCAGUGCGCAAACGCUUGUUGAGGAGUUGAACGCGUUGAAGGGCGUCGGAAGCGGUGGAUCGGAAGGCGGUCGCGACUUCGUCAUCGAGCGAGAACGAGAAAGAGAGAGAGAAGCAGAGAUAGACAGACCUAGACGACAGCAAAUGUCCGCCCAAUUAGGCCGCGAACGGGGCGGUUCGGGGGGUGAGCGCGAUGACGCAUCAUCAACCGGCUCCGAAAGACUCUACGAGCAAGACAUCGCGAUUCUGAACCGCUGCUUCGACGACAUCGAGAAGUUCAUAGCGAGACUGCAGCACGCCGCAGCAGCCUCGCGAGAGCUGGAACGGAGGAGGAGAUCGAGAAGUGGCAAACGUGGAGCUGCUGGUGAAGGCAUGCUGGCACUGAGAACACGACCACCACCAGAACGCGACUUCGUUGACGUUCUCCAGAAGUUCAAGCUGUCGUUUAACUUGCUAGCGAGGCUUCGAACCCAUAUACACGAUCCGAAUGCUCCAGAGCUUGUGCAUUUUCUGUUCACGCCGUUGGCGUUGAUAGUAGAUGCGGCGCAGGACGUCGCAGAUGGAAGGCUGCCGUCGAGGGUGGUACAACCCCUGCUUACGAGGGACGCGUUGAACCUACUCGCCAACUGUGUGACCAGUAAAGAGACUGAACUGUGGCAUUCGUUGGGCGAUGCUUGGCUGAUUCCGAGGGAACAAUGGAAAACUACAAUACCUCCAUACCAGCCCGUAUUCAUGGAUGGCUGGACGCCAGACUAUCAGGUUGACGAUCAGCCGUUGAGGAGGAACGCACGAGGAAUAACGAGGGCUGAAGAUUCAGAAUCAGCAGCGUCUUCACCUGAAAGAGAAGCCCCUUACCGUCCGAUCGAGAGAGAGCGCGAUGACGAUGACUUGGGAGAGGCGUGGGCGCAGGGUGUAGCUGCGCGGGGCGGUCGAGUGGUCCGCGUGACGUAUCCACGAACAGCAAACAACGAUAAAGAGCUAACUGUAGUUCGUGGGGAAUACCUUGAGGUGCUAGACGAUUCUCGGAAGUGGUGGAAGGCUCGAAACAGACGAGGCGUCACAGCGCAUGUGCCCCACACAAUCGUAGCGCCAGCCAUCACCCCACCAUCUUCACCACAUCUGUACCCCAACCCCAUAUAUACACACUAUCAGGAGGGUGCUAGCGGCGGUCGCGGCUCUGGUGGGAGCAGUCCAACAGCAGCAGCCGAAAAGCCUAUACCUCCUCCACCGCCACCGCCGCCCCCUCCACCAGAGCCGCCAGUUGAACUUCCAAAACCCACGACGAAAUCGGAUACCAUAAAAUCAACAAAAUCAAUAAUGAGCACAGGAAGCGGUUUGCACGAAGAGUUGAAAGCUGUUCUACCACAGAUCCAACGACGUCUGGAGAUCAAGAAAACCCCAGACAUAUUCAUACAUCAGAAAUCCACCCCGGACGAAGUGGUCUCGUGGUUAGAAGCGAAAGGCUUUAGCCGCACUGCGCAGAAGCAACUGCGGGUAUCUGGUCAUCAAUUGUUCGCGUUGUCUAGAGUUCAGCUAGAACGCGUUUUAGGCACCGAUGAGGGCAAACGGCUUUAUAGCCAAGUCCUCGUGCAGAGGAAUAUAUCUGGGUACAGGACAACAUCUGCGUCAGAACUGCAGAGCAUCCUCCGGAAGGUGCGAGAGAAGGUGGAGGUUUCCUAA